AUGUUCAACCAGAACGCCUACUCCUCAAACUCACCCUACGGCGCCAGCUCGUCCUCUGAGCCACUCGCAUUCUACUCUGGCCCGUCGUCGUCCAACUCGGGCGCAGGCGGAUACUAUUCCCAGGCAGGAGGACCCAGCAACAGCGCCGGCGGCGGCAGCGGCAGCGGAAGCGGCGGCUAUGGCGCAUCCGGCAGCAUGGGGAGCAUGGGCACCAUGUCGGGCGCGGGCCGGGUUGGAUCCAUGCUGGCCGGCGAGGGACGGUGGUGGGAGGCCUUUGGCACCGGCGGGUUCGAGGGCGAGCCGAGCUUGAUGGAGGAACUCGGUAUCAACCCCACGCACAUUCUCCACAAGGCCCUCACAGUGCUCAACCCGCUCUCAAAGGUGGAAUCGACCAUCAUGGACGACGCAGAUAUGGCCGGCCCGUUCGUCUUUUGCUUUGCGUUCGCCUUUGUCCUUCUCCUGAGCGGCAAGCCACAGUUCUCAUACAUCUACGGCGUGGGCCUGCUGGGCACAAUGUCCAUCUACACGCUGCUCAACCUCAUGUCGGAGAACGGGAUCGACGCGUACCGCACCGCCUCGGUGCUGGGCUACUGCCUCCUGCCCAUGGUCGGCCUGGGCGGCGUCGGGAUUGGCGUCGGCAUCGACCAUGUCAUCGGCUACGUCCUGUCCAUCAUCUCCGUCGUGUGGUGUACCUACUCUGCAAGCACAAUCUUCGUCGCCGUCCUGCACAUGGACCACCAACGCCUGCUGGUCGCGUACCCCGUCGGCAUGCUGUAUGGGUGCUUUGCGCUCCUGAGCAUAUUCCAGGUCGCCAAGUGA